GUUUGAGAAGUUGCACGAGCUGGGAGAUCGGGUGAUGAAGGGGAACUGUGUGGGUGAGGUCCCUCGCACGAUGCAGAAAGUGAUGGAGGUGCAGGCAGAGCUGGAGGCUGCGUGGAAGGAGCGGAACGCGAGGCUGCAGGAAGGGCUGGAGCUGCAGCAGUUCAACCGGGAGGCGGAUCGCAUCGAAGCGACUCUGGCUGGUCACGAAGCCUUCCUGAAAAUCAGCGAUCUCGGGGACAAUGUGGAUUCUGUCAGCAGCCUGCUGAAGAGGCACGAAGACUAUGAGAAUGUACUGAAGCUAACGGACCAGAGAAUUCGGGGGCUGCAGGACAAAGCCUCCAGACUCUCCAAAAAUAGCAACUACACUAACGC